AUGAAACGACUUGCAAAAUCAGAAUAUCUUUCAAACUUGACCAGUCUUCAAUUAUCUGACAAUGACAUUGGAAGCGAUGGCAUUGAGUACAUUGCCAACAGCUCUACAUUUUCAAAUCUAACAUAUCUUGGACUGUCUUUCAACUACAUAGACUAUGCUUUUUCAUAUUUAUGUGAUAGUGAAUAUCUAGAGAAUUUAACUGGGUUGAAUUUGGAUGUAAACUUUCUUGGAGACAAACAAUUAAUCGAAUUUGCAAAGUCUUCAAAUUUUCCCAAGCUCACUACUCUCAGUUUGGAAAAUAAUAACUUGUCAGAUAAAGGUGUAAAAGCACUUAUAGCAAGUCCCUAUUGGAAGCAAUUGACAGCUCUCGAUUUAUCUUGCAAUGUUUUAAGUCGUACGAUGAUCCAACAAAUAGAAUCCACAUUUAAAGGAAGAGUUUCACUUUUUGGAAAUAAGGAAGAAAAUAUCUAA